AUGCCAGAAAUAGUUGCAGAAAGAAGAAUGAAAGAUAUUGUUUUGCCAUUUGGUUUCCAUGGAGAAAUACCACCUGAUGAAGAUACAAGAUGCAAUCUACCAUGUUGCAAGGUAAAAAAUUAUGAAUGGUCCACUCUGCAAGGUUGUUGGCACUCAUUCCAUGACAAGUGCUUGGGAGAUCUUUCUCACUGCCCUUUGUGUAAAACAUUGCUCAAGCAAAAAAUAGAAUAAUUGGGCAAAAUUGCAAGGGAAGAAUUUACAAAAUUACAGAGACGUUAUGUAUGAUGAUGAGGGAGAUGAUGAUGAUGAAGUGCUCCAGAUGACAGCAACUACCAGGCAUCAUGCAACUUGCACAACAGCAACCUGUACUAUCAAAUACAGUGCAUUCAGCAAAAGGUGAAACCACAACUAAUUCCUGUAAUUCACCAGACACAGUGCAUUCAGCAGGGGGUGAAACCACAACUAAUUGCCAAAUCCCUUCGGGACAGAAGUCAUCUACAUACACAUCCAGCCAAGAGAUCAAUCAUGGCGACAAUUUUGUCAUGCUAUAUAAAUUUAAAAUCAUAUUCAUUUCUUUAGAAAUUGAUUGUUUUUACAUUAUACGGAUAUAUUUGCAUAGCAUGACCAAAUUGUCGGGCUGGCUUUGCCAUUGUGGCUAUAAUGAUCAUGGUCAAGACUUACUUGCAAAUAAAUAAUUCAAGAAAUAAUAAGAUUCAUAUCCAGGAAUACUUCCUAAAGUAAAUUACAACAUUAAAACAGUGUAAAUAUUCAAUGGAAAAUUUUUUUAUAUAUAAACUUUAUUUAGAUGUUUGCCCCAAAAGCCAAGGCUUAACAAGGGGGCUCACAUAUUACAAAGGAUACAUUAGUUUUUUUAUUAGUAUUUUGGGCCCCAAGUUUUAUUAAUUAAUAUAGUAUUUAUUGUAAUUUAUUGCAAAAUGGUGGAGUAUUUGACCAAUAUUGGGGCUUAACAUUAAUAGGUGCAUGAGAACCACCAUUUCUCUCAUCUCAACUUUAUCUCAACUUUAUCUCAAUUAGUUGUGUAACAGAUUUACACAAAAUACUGUUAAAAAAGGCCAAGUGGGCCUUCAUUGCUAUAAAGGGCAUUCUAUCCAAUGGCAUUCUAAAACCAACAUCUCCAUGGCAUUGUUCUCUAAAGCAUCGAGCAGCGUAAUAAAUCAGUUUUUUGACCAGUAUGAAGUACAGACAUAGCCUUGGCAACAACUGCCAACAAGUGGGAGGAACAUUUUGAGGGACAAAUUUAGCAUCUAAACCAGGGUUAACUUUUACCAGCCAUUUUUGAAACAGGUGGAUGAGUAGUUGUUUUCGUUAAUUGUCACUGGGUUAGUUUUGAAAAUCUAGAAGUCAUAUCAAUACCAUUACAAAGGGAGGUGAACAAGGUCUUUGUCACUUGAUGGAGACAAUCUUAGCAUCAGAGAUCUUGCAGAUGUAUAAGGUCAGUACAGAUUGGAAGGACUGAUAUUACCUCCAAAUUUAACGAUGAUGCUUAAUUCUUGCAGACAAAAUCAUUGACAAAAAUAGAAUCCAGCCAAAAUCACAAAUCUCAAAUCUAAAACAUCAGCCAAACAAUAAAUUUUACUUAUGAAAUAUUGUUAGAAGUGCUUUAAUUAUUUACAUACUUAACUGCAAUAUAUACAAUCCAUAAUAUAUCGAAACUUCUAUAGUAUAUCACAUUUCUUUAGAGAAAGCAAGUAUAGCAGUUCAUUAUCGAUCUGAGUGACAAGGCAGCAUAUUUUACAGAGCUAUAUUCAACAGUGAAUUUGUGGGACUGAGGGGUCCGGCUGGAUUGAAUGAAAGAUACUUUUGUUUAACUAAUCGUGAAAAAAAUAGUGACAUCAAACCACAGAAAUUUGAGAGAGGUAAAAAUAAACUGGAAAAUGACACUUACCUUUCAAGAUACAGUUCCAAUAGGUAGAUUUACUGUUGUAAAAGUAGUAUCGUGUGAAAUUCCCCCCAAAAUUUAAAUAACAAUAUAAAAACAAUCGAUAUAACAAUAUGUCAAUUUUCGACGACACAAGGCUUGGUGCGAGCAUGAGGAAAAUGGUGCAAUCAAUUGGUCGAGAUAUUCGCCCAGAUUCGCUAAGUAGGCUGUUUAACCUCCUCUGGGUAACUAAAACGUGCUGUUUCUUAUAUGGGAGGAUAAAAAAGAUGUAAUUUGUGUUCAACAAAAAAGCAGAAAUGUUCCAACAUGUACUCAUGAAAAGAAAUUUCUACUAAACAAUGAUGACAAUGGAAGGAAUGCAUGUAUUAUUUGACACCCACAUGCCUAUGUUGAUAAUGAUAUCAGAUCUAAGGUGAUUAUAUGUCAAGAUAAAUCUAAUAUUAACCAAAAGAUUGUCUGGCAUUAAGACAGAGUAAAGUUGGAUGCAUCUGAUCAGAUAAUGCUGUGAUGCUUUGUGUGCUAAAAUGUAAAUGUUUACAUAUACAGGGAGCUAAAAAUAGUGUUGUCUUCGAAAAUAGUCAUACACUAAAACCUUGAAGAGCAACUGUCUACAAAAAUCAAACAAAAUGAGAAAUAUGUGGCAAGGCUCAAAAUUUUAAUUUUGCUCUACUUUUGAAUUUAAGUUGACUAUGGUGAAGUGUGAAACGUUAUGUGGUUAGUUUUUAAAAAUACUCUUUUGUUUAUGCAAAAAUGGCAAAAAAAUGUUUCAGCUGUGAGGACCGAUUUUCGCAAUCGAAAAAUGGCCGAAAUGCGUACGUUUACUUAAUGCUGGUAUCCAAACCCUAAAUCCAAAUAGCCUUAUUAUACUUUCUGCUAAAGGUGCAUCACUCCCUCGUUUAUUAAUAGUGGUUUUAUGAUAAGUGAACAACUGACAAAUUUUGUGCACAAUAAAGAGCAACGGGUACUGAUUUUUAAUAUGUUUGUCAUUGCAUGUAAAAACGUGGCAGAUUUCUCCAUUUGCCUUCCUUUCAAAUCUUAUGGGAUUUUGCACAAGCACUAUUGAGAAACUGCCCUUUUCAGAAAUGUAUUAUUUAUUUUGGGCAAAUAAAUUCACACGCUUCGAGAAAGAGUUAACUUUGGUUCAUUAAAUAUGCAAAAAUCACUGUUUGGCGAUUGCGUGACUAAAAACCUCUUGAAAUAAACUCACUUAAAACAUCAUUGUUCUUUGCCUCUAGUUUAGAGAAUAUGAAUAAAUAUACAUACCUUGAAUGCAAAAAGUUCCUUUGAGCUGUUCCACUUUUGGAGUUAUCCCUAACUUAACUACAUAAACUCAAAGUUCAAGGAGUCCAGCUAACAGAAAUCAGCUAACAAUUUACAGCUCAGUUGAAAGUAGCAGUUGAGGAUUUAAGUACACAAUUCCGUCAAAGUACGGAUUUUUCAUGGCAAUGUAACUAAAUUUACAGUGAUAGUAUGUCUUUGCAAAAUUGGCACCAUAGAGUAUGCUUCCGUCGUUUGUUAGCCCUCGAAUUUGGUUGUCGAUGUGGCAGAUAAUGACGUUUUGUGGGUGACAGCGGUAUGUAUCCACAAACUCUUGAUUACAUCCAUAACAUUUUUUAAAUAUUGUUUUGCAUAAUGCACACUUCGAGUGCCAGGUGUGAGCCCUUUUGGUGUGGUUGCUGUAUUUGAGUGUGUUGUUGCCGCUGAGGCUGCUGUUGUGGAUCAUGCAAUUGUUGUUGCUGAGAUUGCCGAACAUAUUGCGACCAUUGGUCAGGCUGUUGAAAGCACCGACUAUGUUCUUGAGGCUGCUGAGGUAGCUGGUCAUACUGAGACUGUUGCUGCUGGUGAAACAGUGACUGUUGGCGAGGCUGUUGUUGAUAUUGUAAUUGUUGCAACUGUUGGUGAGGAUGCUGGUGAAACUGCGAUAGUUGCUGAGGCUGAAAUUGUAACUUGGAAUGAUGCGAUUGGUGUUGAAGGAUCGGACAGUUUACAACAUGACCUGUAUAAGCAGCGGGCAUGGCAAAUGUAG